AUGUACUUCGAGAUUCCUUAUAUCGGUUCCGCAACCGAAAAACUUAAAUCAAGACUAAAAAGAAUUACACACGAUGUUCGACCAGAUAUUGAUGCACGAUUUUUUACCAAACCGCUCCGAUCAGUUCAAACAUAUUUUCCAAAUAACGAAGCACUUCCGAAAGAGAUACAAUCAGAUAUUGUCUAUGCGAUACAAUGCAAAGACUGCAAACAAAUCUAUGUCGGUAAGACAGAGCAGCAAGCCAUACGCCGUAUGCGACAGCAUGGCGCUCCCAAAACCACAUACAGCGCAACAACUGGAAACGAUCAAUCAACAAAAAACACACACAACACGCACAACUCAGACAAAGAUUCAACCACAACAACAGCGGUGACUCUACGUCGCUCAUCACGAAUUCGUGAAAAAGAAGCUGCUGCACUUUCACAAACAAUAAACAACCCGGUGAAAAAAACUACAGAUAUUAAUUCCGCACUAGCUGAUCAUCAACGAGAAACUCGACACAGCAUCGACUGGGAAAACUAUAAAAUCCUCUGGCGCGACAAUUUACCUCAUCGACUUCUACUGAAAGAAUCACUCGUCAUAAAAGCUCAUCAGCCGGCUUUAAACAGGACCACUCAUUCCGUUCCUCUACUCAUCUUUCCCGAAGGCGUACCACCUGACAUAGUCCCCUAUCCUCAUCCAUAA